CCGACUUACAUAUGCAUGCAAAUUUCCAGCUCAAUCGGGAAAUGGGUCAAGCUUCGAAGAUUUAAUCUACACAUACAUACUAACAGGGCAAGUUAAAUAAAAGCUUGUACCAAAAUCCCCCACCGCAAUGUUCACGAUAAAUUCAAAAACUACUAAACGGAAUUUCAUGCGGGUUCAACAUAUAAAUAUGUACAGUUAUUCUUAAUAAAUGUUAAGAUGUAUAUUUUGUUUAGAUUUUACUAGAAUACCUAACACUGUCUUACUACGUUAACCGCCUGAAAUAAAUGAUAAACCACCACCCUUCGGCGUGUAAACAAGUAUUUUCAGUAGCCGCCGGGACGCCCUCAGCGCAGGACGCAGGUCGAGCUGCGGAUUUAAUUACGAAAAGUUUACCGCUGAAAAACUUUUUACUAUAACAAAUUUACAGUUUUGUGUGGAUGUGAUUAUUUUUUCGUGUAUGAAGAUCAUAUAAGAAUGGGCGGCAAAACGGGACGAGCGUCAAAACUCGCAGCGACAGUGCUGCUAGUAGUCAACUUUGUUGUCAUGAUGGCGUGCGGAGCGGUGUUCGCGUUCAGCCUUUGGGUGAUCGUCUCGCCUACCACGCUCUCGACUGCCAUUGACACGAUUGACAGCCCUGUGGUUAAGACCCUGUUGGCGCCACACACGUUGACCGCAUCCCUGGGCGUUGGCUUAGCUUUGUUGGCGCUUUUCUUCUUCUUCGUGGCCUUCAUGGGGUUCUGCGGGGCGGUGACACAAUCACAAUUCUUGCUUGUCAUGUAUUCCGCGCUCAUUUUGCUGUUGCUACUGCUGGAGUGUGCGCUGUUUUAUUACUUCUCGUCCACGCUACUUGAGAAAGGUCUACAAACAGAAGAUGGGCAGUGGACACACGCGCUUCGCAUCGCGUUUAGCUGCUGCGAGAAUGCCAACGGAACUACAACCAUACCAUCUAAGCUACCAUGGUCCUGUUGUGGACGUGCCGGCUUGCCUGACAACUGCACUGCCGGCAAUAUGUACCAGAAGGACUGUCUCCAAACUAUAGCAGGCUGGCUACGCCGCUACCAAACCGCAGCAUAUGCGUCGCUAGUAGCGACACAUGUCGUAGUAUCGUCGUGUGCGUUGCUGCGACGACGGAGCUAUCGACACGCGCGCCGCGGCAGCAGCGGCGGCGCAACUCCUCAACCCUCCAGGAAGCGGUCGUGGCACUUAUCACGCGUGUCACCAGGACCUGGACAAGAUGAUGUACUUAUGCUAGUGUUGGGCCGAGGAAGACUCGGCUGGGUGGAGAAGACUUAAUUCCAUGGCAGACUGGUCUCCACCGGCAAGAAGACCUCAAACUGGAAUUGAAAAAUUAGCUUAAAAUACUGAUUGACGAAUUUCUACUUGUUUCACACAAUCAAUACCAAUGUCUUCUUUUCUCUCAAUACACAGAAGUAGUCAUGGACGUAUCCACGAUUGAAAAUAAGAUCUAGCUUCUUGAUGGACUCUCAUGGUUUUUGCUGGUUAAAAUAGUCAAAACGAAAAAGUCUUGGGCUUCUAACAACCAUGCCAGUGUCUUCUUUUCUGCAUGGCCCAGACAAAGUAUCCUAGAAGCAAAGUAAAGUAGACAGCAAGGCCCGCCUCAAUUUGACUCUGGUGACAAGGAAAUCUUUGUUUAGUUGAAGCAGAUUUAGCUAGAUGACUUUCAGGAUCUCUUAUACAUAAGGUUUUUACUGCUAGCCAAGAUGAUAAUCUAACAUCAACAAACGAAUUUGGCAUGACAAGUGACUAUUUUUACACAUUGUCGUGUUGGCUAGGCCAAGGCCGGAUCCAGCUUUAUAGUUAGGGCGAGGUUCACCAGUUUAGAAAAAUAUCUACUGUUUUCCUAGGCCCAGCCUGCUCCUGGAUCCAACCUUGGGCUAGGCCCCCUGAAAUAUGUUACUUAUCGGGGGCAGGGCAUGGAGGAUUAAAUUAAAAAAAAAGUCUUGACUAAGCGGGGUCCAAGCCUAAACAACUCAAAAGGCCUCAUACUC